AUGGAUGGGGAUGCCCCCACCGCUGCAGCCGCCCAGUACCAGCCGGCCAGCCCCCCGCGGGACGCCUGCGUCUACAACAGCUGCUACUGUGAAGAAAAUAUCUGGAAGCUCUGUGAAUACAUCAAAAACCACGACCAGUAUCCCUUAGAAGAAUGCUACGCUGUCUUCAUAUCGAACGAGAGGAAGAUGAUUCCUAUCUGGAAACAGCAGGCAAGACCUGGAGAUGGGCCUGUGAUUUGGGAUUACCAUGUGGUUUUGCUUCAUGUUUCAAGCGGAGGACAGAGUUUCAUCUAUGACCUCGACACGGUCCUGCCGUUUCCCUGCCUCUUCGAUGCGUACGUGGAAGACGCCUUCAGGUCCGACGAGGACAUCCAUCCCCAGUUUAGGAGGAAAUUUAGAGUUAUCCGCGCCGAUUCUUACUUGAAGAACUUCGCUUCUGACCGAUCUCACAUGAAAGAUUCCAGUGGGAACUGGAGGGAACCUCCUCCCUCGUAUCCCUGCAUUCAAACGGGAGAUUCCAAAAUGAACCUGAAUGAUUUUAUCAGUAUGGACCCCAAGGUAGGCUGGGGAGCUGUGUACUCGCUGUCUGAAUUUGUCCAUCGAUUUGGCAGUCAAAGCUACUGA